UUUGUGAAUAAAACUCUCAUCUCUAUACGAGAGUGUUUGUUCAUCAUUGCACCGAGAGCUCUCUGUCUUGAGACUCAGUGGGAUUUGCCGAGCUGGUUUAUCGCUUCAUUCUCUGGUUUCUGAGGGAGAACACUGUUCAAGGAGACCCUUCCUAACAUGCUGCAUUUGCAAAGCUGCAGUCCUCAUCACAGAUAGCAUUACUCUGCAGACAAGCUGUGGUUGGAAACAAGUCGUUUCAACGAAAAAAAGGUUUCAGGUAGCAGCUCUCAGACCAAACUAUACAGCCUAAAUCUUCGGGCAGCUUCUAGAUGUUUCUAAAAUCUCACGUACUCAUCAGUGCCGGAUGCAUACAGAGUACAACAUGAUUGUGAUUGCUCUUCUGGCUUUGCUCCAGAUAUUGGCCACCGAUGCCAAAUUGUCAGCAUGGCUGAAGCACAAGGGUCCUGAACCUGAAGAAACAGCAGUGGCAGUGGCUGUUCUGGAGUUUCCAGCAUCUUCAGCGGUGUUGAGAAGGAGAAAGAGAGAGUGGGUCAUUCCACCCAUAAGAACCCCAGAGAAUGACAGAGGACCUUUCCCCAAACACAUAGUGCAGAUUAGUUCCAGUUUUAAUAAGGAAGCUAAGAUGGUUUACAGCAUCAGUGGUGAAGGAGCUGAUCUGGACCCAAAAGGACUUUUCACCGUAAAUAGAAACAAUGGCUCGCUCUAUGUAACAAGGGCACUAGACAGAGAGGCCAAAGAUAAAUAUGUGCUUCAAGCUCAUUCUAUUGCAGCUGAUGGUGAGGACCGGGAAGAUCCCAUGGAGAUUAUUGUCGUAGUGAUUGAUAUGAAUGAUAAUACGCCUGUUUUCAUCCAAAACACUUUCCUUGGCACUGUUCCAGAAGCUUCAGCAAUGGGAUUUGAGUUCAUGACGGUCACAGCUACUGAUGCAGAUGACCCCAACACUGACAAUGCUGAUAUCAGAUACUCCAUCCUCAGUCAGAGUCCACAAGAGCCAGUCCCAGCCAUGUUCACCAUUAAUCCUGUAACUGGAGUGAUUCGAGUGAAUACUGCAGGACUGGACAGAGAGAAAUAUCCUGAAUACACAUUGAAGGUUGCUGCUGGAGAUAUGCAGGGUGAAGGUCGCGUAGGCACUGGAACAGCGGUUAUUACUGUAACAGACAGCAACGACAAAGCACCCAAGUUUGAAAAGACCUCGUACAGCGUGUCCAUCCCAGAGAAUAAAGUAGGAGCUGUUGUGGUGAAGAUGCCAGUGACUUAUGGAGAUGAACCUCAGUCACCUGCCUGGACAGCCAAGUUCAGGAUCAUUAAUGGUAACAGUGGUGGAUGUUUCGCUGUUAACACAGGACCAAGCAAACAGGAGGGCAUCAUCACUACAGUUAAGCCGCUGGACUUUGAGCAGAACAGCAAGUUUACUCUGUUGGUGGUUGCGGAGAACGACGUUCCGUUUGCCAAGCCUCUGACCACGUCCACCACCGCGGUCACUGUGAACGUUCUGGAUGUGAAUGAAGCUCCAGUUUUUGAUCCAGAGGAGCAAAUCAUUUCUAAACCUGAAGACGUGGCGGUUGGCAGUGAACUGACCGUGUACACCGCCACUGAUCCAGACACAGCGAGGACUCAGAAAGUGACGUACCGUGUAGGUUCUGAUCCUGCUGGCUGGGUGAGUGUUGAUGGAGAGACUGGACUGGUCAAAGUGAGCAGCCCCAUGGACAGAGAGUCUCCUUUUGUGAAAGAUGAUAUAUAUAAAGCUCUGAUAUUAGCCAUGGACGACGAUCCAGUUCCAGCUACCGGUACAGGAACUCUUGUGAUUGAGUUGAAGGAUGUGAAUGAUAACGCUCCCACUAUUGAAGAGAGGGAGAUCAGAGUGUGCAACAAGCAGUCAGCUCCAGUGCUGCUGUCUGUGAUGGAUGAGGACGGGCCUGGCUUUGCUGCUCCAUACAGAGUGGAACUCCUAGGAGACAGCAAGAACAUCUGGACCACCGUGAUGGACGAGACCAAAACUGGAAUUAGACUUACGCUUAAGACUGCACUGCAACAGGGAGACUACAGUAUUGAUCUGAGGGUCUAUGACAACUUGAGCUUCUACCAGGACAGCACCAUCCUUGCUUCUGUAUGUGACUGUACAGGAGACAAAGUCCACUGCCCUCCUCAAUCUUUAUCUCCUGACUUGGUCUAUUAUUGUACUGCAGAAUGAUCGAAUUCCUUCCCUUAAUCCUCAAUGCUUAUUUCUUAAUGCAAUCCUCUUCCAAGUUGUCCAAAUUUCCCAAAUCAGGCCUGUGAAAUGCAGUGAAUAAGCAACUUUAUUUCCUAUAAGUCUCACAUCUGUCUUACCUGCUUUAAAACGCAGCUCUUAUACUUUAAAAGUCCUAAUUUACUUUUGUUUUUGUUGCUUGUUACUCUUAAAAUACUUUUUUGGCACAGAUUGUAUGAUUUCAUCUACUCAUUUGUUAUAAAAUUUAAAUAAUUUAAAUGAUACAGCGUUAUAAGACCCAAAUGUGUCUUUUUGGCAUAUUUGAAUGUAUGAAUGUUACGUUAUGUUAUGGAUAUUGACGGAAAAGAGUGAAAUAACUCCCGGAAAAAUGGUCAAGAAUUCUAAUACGCUAGUAAGUUGAUGCUGCAUUAAUCCUUUAGUUUAUUUACAGACAACAGUUUUUCAUAUAAUUUAUAAAUUAACAAUUUACAGUGCCAAAAUUCUAAAUGAUAGAUGUUUGAUUAUGCAGGAACAUAUUAUUUUGUAUGUUAUUUGUACAACCCCAAUUCCACUGAAGUUGGGACGUUGUGUAAAACAUAAAUAAAAACAGAAUACGAUGAUCUGCAAAUCCUUUUCAACCUACAUUCAAUUGAAUAGACUACAAAGACAAGAUAUUUAAUGUUCAAACGGAUAAAGUUUGUUUUUUGCAAUUCAGCGUAUUCUGUUUUUAUUUAUGUUUUACACAACGUGCCAACUUCAUUGGAAUUGGCGUUGUACAAAUCACCUUAUUUUCGGACCAUGUAAUAAAUGCAAAAUCAGUUCACUUACUAAAAGCACCUUGUCGGGACAUUUAAUGUAAUAAUAAUAAUCUAAAAUAUGAUAUAGACAAAAAUCCUGUGUUUGUAUGCAAUAAUACACCUGUAAGCUUAGACUGUUCAUUUCUCCCCAGGCUGAAUGUAUGUUUGUAUGACUUUUGAUGUAUCUAUGAAAAUAAAAAACGAGCAUAAAUCAAAAGAAA